UGUCCAGUAUCCUCAGGGUCAUGGUUAGGGUCAAGUCUAUCCUCUACCUGGCUCCUUUAAACACCUGGGCCUUACCUGGGCCCCUCCCCUCCCAGGUGAGCUCUGGGGCUCCGCCCCUUCUCAGCUGGGCUGGCUGCCUAGGGCCACUGGGAGCCGGGUUCUGCUCCCUCCUCUCCAGGCCACACAGCCCCAAAGCCGGGGCCCUGGGUGGUCUCUACUCUGGGCAGGUUGGUUGUGUCUGCCCCGCUAUGAGGGGCUCCCCCUUCCUGCUACUGCUAUACCUAGGGCUGACAGAAGCCUCCCAGCCUGGCCUGAGGAAAGACCACGGUGCUGACGCUGGUCUGGCCCCCACGGCUGUGUUCUUAGGAGCCCCCAAAGCCCAAAGUUUCCUGGGGAGUGGGCCUGGGCCGCAGCGCUUUCCCCGGGCUAAUCAUUGGGAUUUGGAACUUCUGACCCCUGGGAACUUGGAACGGGAAUGCUGGGAGGAGCGAUGUUCCUGGGAAGAGGCUCGGGAAGUGUUUGAAGACAGGACCUUGACGGAUCGUUUCUGGGAGACCUACCCCUACAAUGGGAAGGGUGGCGCUGUGCAUGGACGGGUGGAUGUAGCAGCCUUGACUGUUGGGCUAGGGGCUGGCCUACUGGUCUUGCUCCUGGCAGCCCUAGGCACAUUCUGGUAUCUCCAUAGGCGGAGGCAGUUGGGCCGAAGCUCUGGGCCCUCUCCCCAAAGAGCUUUCCUGGUGACUGAGGACCUCCCCUUGACCCCCUUGCCGCCUCCCCCCGGCCUCCCCACUUACGAGCAGGCAUUGGCAGCUUCUGGGGUGCAUGACGCCCCCCCCCCACCCUACCAGAGUAUUCGGCGGUCCCGCUGAGAAGACGACCUCCCCCCCCCCCCCCCUCCCCGGGCCAGCCCGCGCCUUCUCUGCCCCCCGGCCCUCCCACCCCCCUAUCCCAAUCCGGAAGCCCGGAACGGGGCUGGAAAGGAUUUGUCUGGGAAGCCGCCCGCCUGCCCUCCCGUCCUCUCUGGCCCCCUUCAGGACACACGCAGGCUCCUCGUGUGUCCCAAGCUUCUUAGGGAACGAAAGGCAUGUGCACACGUGUGCUGGCCUCAGCGCUCCAAGGGCCUGGGUGUGUGCACACAGACAUCGGAGUCGGACAAGCUUCUAAUGGCGCCCCCGCCCCGUCCACGUAAGGGCCGCUGCCAGGCUCUCUAGGGGGUUCCCUAGGUGUGUGCUAACUUGUCCGGGAUAGCUGGUGCGUCCCUGCCCCUCCGGAGCCCAGUUCUGGACAGACGCAAUCGGAGCGGGGAGGGGGAGGGGCUGCCUCUGCAUCCCCCUUCCCCCCCUGCCGCCACCGCUGGCCUGAGCUGCACUCGCCCUGGGCCCAGUGGGAGAAGGGCUCGGGCAGAGGCCGGCCUCGCUC